AUGGCCGGCCCAGCGAAGAAGCUGAAGCUUAGAUUUGGCGCAGGAGGUGCAGUGAGCGUAGCUACACCAUCUGAUAGUGCGCCCAGCUCGCGAGCAGGCAGCCCGUCGCAACAAGCUACGCCGCUUGCCGGACCAUCCAAAUUGACCUUCAAGCUCAAUGAAACAGCGCCCACUGGCACGAACGGCACUAGUGCACACAGCCGCCAUAGCCAUGACACCGUCCUUGCCGGCGAGGACGGGCUGGACGACGAUGAAGAGCCUGAUCUUGAUCUCGCCUACCGAUCCGAUGGCUCAGACUCGGACGAGUACUCUGAACAGAGCGAUUAUGAGGACAGAGGCGCCCAGUCUAGGGUACGCUCGGCAGCUCAGCGACAAGCACGAGCUGCUAAGCGAGCGACGAACGGCAAGGGCAAGGCCAGAGCGAAACCAGCGACGGUACCUGCUCAAGCUCGCAUUGGUCUUACAUCGAGCGACAAGUCACUCGCUACAGAGCAGGAUGACGGCGAUGCACCUCAUCAGAUAGCUAUCGGUGCCGGUCGCAAGCGAUUUCAUCAAAAUGCAGGAGAGACCGAGGGGGACGAUUUCAUUUCUGAGAUAUUUCCUCAUACCGACUUUACUUGGCUGCCACUCAAGCCAGACCAUGCCUUCAGGCCACUCUACGUCUCGCCAUCUUCGGGCGCGAUCAUACUGGAAGCGUUCCAUGCGCUAGCCUCACAAGCGCAGGACUUUCUGGUAGCCAUCGCGGAACCCGUCUCGCGGCCCGCGCACAUACACGAAUACAAACUGACACCUUACUCACUCUACGCGGCGGUCUCCGUCGGUCUGGAGACAGAGGAUAUCAUCGAGGUGCUCGCCAGGCUGUCAAAAGUGCCUGUGCCUAACGAGAUUAUCAAAUUCAUUCGUGAUUGUACAGUAUCUUACGGCAAAGUCAAGCUCGUGCUCAAACGUAACAAGUAUUACGUCGAAUCUGGCCAUCCGGAUACUCUACGUAUGCUUCUGCGCGAUGAUGUCAUAGGCAAGACGCGUAUAAGGGAGCACGACGACGAGCGGUUCGAUACAGAAAGGGCACCCACGCGCGGGGAUCUCGUCAUUCCCGGUAUCACAGAUCACGGAACAACGAGUAGGACUGCAGACGGCCAGACUCUUACCGAGGGUCAAGCGGAGCGGCGGCAGCCCGACGAAGUCGACUUCUUCACUUCCAUCGUUGGACUUGACAAAGCCGAUGAGCUAGAUGAUGACGACGACGUACAUGCCUUCGAAAUUGCCGAAAGUAGUGUAGAGACCGUCAAACGACGAUGCAACGAGCUAGAAUAUCCUAUGCUAGAAGAAUAUGACUUUCGAAAUGAUACUGUCAACGCUAAUCUCGAGAUCGAUCUCAAGCCCACUACAAGGAUUCGGUCAUAUCAGGAAAAGAGUCUCUCAAAAAUGUUCGGAAACGGAAGAGCACGAUCGGGCAUUAUUGUCUUGCCGUGUGGUGCGGGCAAGACGCUCGUCGGCAUCACUGCCGCCUGUACAAUCAAGAAAUCCGUCCUGGUUCUGUGCACGAGCGGCGUCAGCGUCAUGCAAUGGCGACAACAAUUCCUCAUGUGGUCCAACAUCCAAGAGCGACAGAUCUCCGUCUUUACGGCAGAUCACAAGGAGAAAUUCGCAGGGGCAUCUGGUAUCGUGGUCUCGACCUAUUCGAUGGUAGCCAAUCGACAGAAACGCUCUCAUGAUGCCCAAAAGAUGAUGGACUUUCUCACCUCGCGCGAAUGGGGCUUCAUCUUGCUCGAUGAGGUACACGUUGUGCCUGCCAAUAUGUUCAGACGAGUGGUCACGACGAUUAAAGCCCAUGCAAAGCUUGGUCUCACUGCUACGCUGGUGCGAGAAGACGACAAGAUCGACGAUCUCAACUUCCUCAUCGGCCCGAAGCUAUACGAAGCUAAUUGGAUGGAUCUCGCGCAAAAGGGCCACAUCGCUACCGUUCAGUGCGCGGAAGUAUGGUGCAACAUGACGCCAGAAUUCUAUCGCGAGUAUCUGCGUGAGAAAACUCGCAAGCGAAUGCUGCUCUACUGCAUGAACCCCAACAAGUUCCAAGCUUGUCAGUUCCUCAUCAAGUAUCACGAAGAUCGGGGUGACAAGAUCAUCGUCUUCUCGGACAACGUUUUCGCGCUCGAGGCCUACGCGAAGAAGCUGCAAAAGGCGUAUAUCCAUGGCGGGACGCCGCAGGUCGAGCGCAUGCGCAUUCUUGCUCACUUUCAAGCCAAUCCCCUCGUCAACACUAUCUUCUUAUCCAAGGUAGGCGAUACAUCGAUCGACUUGCCCGAGGCGACGUGCCUAAUCCAGAUCUCAUCUCACUUUGGCUCGCGACGACAAGAGGCUCAGCGGUUAGGCCGUAUCCUACGAGCUAAAAGACGAAACGACACUGGCUUCAAUGCGUUCUUCUACUCACUCGUGACGCGUGACUGCGAAGAGAUGUAUUACUCCACUAAGCGACAGCAAUUUCUCAUCGAUCAAGGCUACGCGUUCAAGGUCAUCACGCAGCUCAAGGGCAUCGAAGACAUGGAGGAUCUUGUCUACAAGAGCAAGAGCGAGCAGAUCGAAUUGCUGCAAUCUGUCUUGCUUGCCAAUGAGAGCGAAGCCGAACUUGGCACAGACAUUGGUUUCACAGAGGGCGAUCUACCCGGUACGGUGACCUCGAAAGAUUUCAAGCAACCCGCAAAGGGCGGAGCUGUAGUCAAGCGAGUGAUGGGCAGCCUGACGGCCUUGUCCGGUGCUCAGUCGAUGAGCUACAUGGAACAAGCUCGCUCCAAGAAUAAGGCGCUAGCCAAGGAGUCGGCCGACAGCCGGCAUAAGCUCUUCAAGAGCAAGGACAAGAGAGCAAAGGAGAAGGCCCGCAAGCGUGCGCGAGAGGAAGAGUAG